AACAACAAUUGUUGGACUUGGACACGACAGCCCUGAUGUCGUUGCCAAUGAAUUCGCUGUAUUCGCUCACUUGGGGCGAUUACGGCACGAGCCUGGUAUCGGCCAUACAAUUGUUGCGCUGCCAUGGCGACCUUGUCGAUUGCACUCUGGCCGCCGGGGGACGCAGUUUUCCGGCCCACAAAAUAGUUCUCUGUGCCGCCUCGCCGUUUCUCCUGGAUUUGUUAAAGAACACACCAUGCAAACACCCUGUGGUAAUGCUAGCAGGCGUCAAUGCCAACGAUUUGGAGGCACUGCUUGAGUUCGUCUACCGUGGCGAAGUAAGCGUCGAUCAUGCCCAGCUGCCCUCUCUACUUCAGGCUGCCCAGUGCCUGAAUAUCCAGGGACUGGCCCCUCAAACUGUCACCAAGGACGACUACACCACUCACUCGAUCCAGCUGCAGCACAUGAUACCCCAGCAUCACGACCAGGAACAGUUGAUAGCGACAAUUGCAACGGCCCCCCAGCAGACGGUGCAUGCGCAGGUUGUCGAGGACAUUCACCACCAAGGACAGAUCCUUCAGGCGACCACCCAGACCAAUGCAGCGGGACAACAGCAAACGAUUGUGACCACGGAUGCAGCUAAGCACGACCAGGCGGUAAUUCAGGCCUUUUUGCCGGCACGUAAACGGAAACCCAGGGUCAAGAAAAUGUCACCUACGGCACCGAAAAUCAGCAAAGUUGAAGGAAUGGAUACGAUUAUGGGCACACCGACAUCAUCCCACGGCGGCGGUGGAGUAGUCCAACAGCAGCAAGUUCUCGGCGAGAACGGAUCUGAGGGCCAGCUUCUCACAUCCACUCCCAUCAUCAAAAGCGAAGGGCAAAAGGUGGAGACGAUUGUAACAAUGGAUCCGAACAACAUGAUACCGGUUACGUCGGCAAAUGCGACCACAGGCGAAAUCACGACGGCAGCAGGCACCACGGGCUCGUCCGGAGGUAAUACAAGCGGCACGCCAUCCACGACAAAGGCCAAGCGAACCAAACAUCCGCCCGGGACAGAAAAACCACGCUCUCGCUCUCAAUCGGAACAACCGGCUACAUGCCCCAUUUGCUAUGCCGUCAUACGUCAGUCGCGGAACCUGCGGCGCCAUCUCGAGCUGCGGCACUUCGCCAAGCCCGGGGUGAGGAAGGAGAAGAAAAGUAAGUCCGGUAAUGAUACGACACUAGACACCAGCGCCGAGCUGAACACUACAACAGAGGGCGACACAACCGUGGGAGAAGAAUCAGCAGAAUCGGCAUCCAGUGGCAAGAAGUCGGGUAGCGGCACAUCUGGCUCGGGUUCGGGGUCGGGCUCUGGUUCAGGCGGGAGUGCAGCUCUAAACUCGAGUGGAGGAGGAGUGCCCCAGGUACAGACGGUUCAGUCCCUUCACACGCUGCAAGGUGUGCAGGUGAAGAAAGAUCCCGAUGCCCAACAACAGCAGCAGCAACAACAACAGCAGCAGCAACAGCAACAACAACAACAGCAGCAGCAACAACAGACAAUGACAGUAACAACCACCUCGUCGGGAGGACAAGUGCAGCAACAGCAACAGCAACAACAGGUUCAGGUGCAACAGCAGCUGCAACAUCAUCAGAUUAUAGAUUCGUCUGGCAAUAUAACAACGGCAACGACGAGUGCCCAGGCGGCGGCUGUGCAGCAACAGGCGGCGGGCCAGCAGCAGCUGGUGGCCCAGGCGGCGGAUGGCAGCGAGAGUGGGGCGCCCAUGUCGAUUGCCCAGGUGCAGACACUGCAAGGUCAUCAGAUCAUAGGCAACUUGAAUCAGGUGAAUAUGACUGAUUUCCAACAGCAGCAGCAGCCACCACAACAGCAAACACAACCCCAACAGACACUCUGAUGAUCGGACCGGACCGAAACGUAGAAACUAUUAUAAUAUUUGCGUGGUUUGCGUAGUUCAAUUCUAAACAAAGGAAAAUCAUUACUGGCUCUUGAUGGAUGGCCGGGUUCGAAUCUGUCUCCGUGCCAUCCACUGGUAGCCUCUAGUUAUUACCAUUUUGUUGUACAAUUCUAUUGCCUUAAAUGUUGAUUUUGCUCUACAU